AUGAUCUACUCAUCCCAGCAACCCGACCCUGGACACGGCACCCAGACCGACUCUUUAAACGGCAAGUCCGGCAGCAAGCACAACCCUGCCCCCGAUGAGGCGUCCUUCAAUUUUGCCAAUAGACGGGACUCCUUGUUAGCGGGCUCGUCCGGCGUGCCCAACGAUUAUUACCAGCCCAACAACCCGACCGUGGGGGCUGAGCAGAUACACAACAACUCGAUUUCGGGCCUCUUUCCGCGCCAGGAUAGCAUCUUCUUCCCCCGGUUCUCGUUCGACUCCAAUGCCCCACCGGGCAGUUUCAGCGCGGCCUCCCAACAGCCGCCGCCGGAGGGCUUCCCGUACAGCGACAUCCAGCGGGAGUACUCGUUUGCGUAUCCUCCGGGAAGUCACAACGGCUCGAUGCAGAACUUCCUCCAGCCCUACUCGUCGGAGCGUGCCAUCAACCCUGGCUCCGCCGACAGCGUCUACGUGAGACGGCCGAGCGAGCAGCUCGAGCCGUUCAUGACUCCACAGCAGCAGCAGCAACAGCAACAGCAGGCCCAGCUUGCGUCCCAUCAGGCACAGUACCAGAUUCCACAGGCGGGCACGGCCUCCAGGAGCAACAGCCACUUUUUCAGGCGAUUCCCGUCGAUAAGCCAGCCCAACAGCGACCUUCCUGUUGGCGACGUGGACAGCUUUCUAAAACGGGACAGUGUGAACAAGAUAUUCGACCAGAAUGGCGAUCUGCUGGAUAGCAUCCCGUACCAGGACCAGCAGCCGUCGCACGGCCAGCAACAUUUCCAGCCUGGACACUCAAGACCCGGCAGCAUGUAUUCGAGCGCGCCGGUGCUUCCAAUUCCGACCCGCAUGAUCACAGACCCUACAAAGAGCGGUGCGCAGAGUUUUCAGAAAUCCCAGCACGUUGGCCAGUCUGUCCCGCCUGAGGAGGCCAAGAAAGACGGCGACGAGGCGGCCAGAAAGCGGCCGGACACGUAUCCUACAGAGUCGCCUAAUACAGGCGUGUCGAUGGAGGGCGCAGUGUCGCCCGCUAGCAAAAAAGCACAUAUGCAGCCGUCGGCGAAUCUGGUGCCGGUGGCUCCGCAGAUGAAGCCGGAGUACGGCAGCAUGGGCAACCUUGUUCCCGCGAGCCAGGCCCUCCACCGAGAAGACGGACGGCCGCUGAUCGGGGCGACGAAGGUGGACCAAUUGAUGCUGGUUAUCCAGGCGCGCAAGAAGGGACUAACUGGUGACAUUAAACAGGCCGAGGACGGCACGAUCUUGGAGGAAGUUGGGCCCCGGGGCACAAACAACUCUGUGCUGCCAAACCCGGUGGAGCUGGUGGGCGGAGUGGAAAAGCCCAACAUAAGGGGCCACAAACAGCACCAGUGCCAGUACUGCUACAAGAAGUUCACGCAGUCGACGCAUCUGGAGGUGCACAUCCGGUCGCACAUCGGGCUGAAGCCGUACGAGUGCUCGUUCUGCCACAAGCGGUUCACUCAGGGCGGAAACCUGAGAACGCAUCUGCGGCUGCACACGGGAGAAAAACCGUUCAAAUGCGAGGUCUGCGACAAGUCGUUCUCGAGAAAGGGGAAUCUACAAGCACACAUGCUGACUCACAACAAUCUGCGGCCUUUUGUGUGCAAAUUCGACAACUGCAACAAGAGCUUCACGCAGCUCGGUAACCUCAAGGCGCAUCAGAACAGGUUCCACAUGAAAACACUGAAUGAGCUGACUAACAAGCUGGCGCACAUCUCGUCCUCGGGGAACUCGAUCGAUGCGCUCCCGCCCAACGAAAGAGACCUGCUGCUGUAUUUUGCCGAUUUAUACAAGAAUCUCAACAGAGGCAUCCGUGGCCGGGGCAGAGGCGUCAAGAACUCCGAAUCGCUGCAGGGAACACAGGGAAUUUAG